AUGGCCUCCCUCAGAGCAAGGACAACUCCCCUCCGAGCUCUCUGCUCACUCCAGCCACUCAAAAGAACAACACCACUGAAACCAACACUCACCACACGCUCAAACAUCCAAUCCGUAACACUCCCAACCCGCAACCAUUCAACCUCCUCCGUCUCAGCCGAUGAACUCUCCCACUUCUCAGCCCUAGCCAGCUCCUGGUGGGACCCAAUGGGCCCCUCGCGAAUCCUCCACCUUAUGAACCCCCUCCGCCACGAGUUCAUCGCAUCCUGCCUAGCCGAAGGCUCAACCGAAACAACACCCUCCCCCUCAAACCCCAACUCCGCAACCUUCAACUACCUAGACGUCGGCUGCGGCGGCGACGCCAACGGCCCAGCACCAACACCCACCCGGGCAGCCUCAAUGACAGCCAUCGACCCAUCAACAAAUCUAAUCCAGAUGGCGCGCGAGCACGCGCGCAUGGAUCCAACCGUUGAUGCGCAUUUGCGCAGUGGGAAAUUCAAAUACUUGAAUACAACGCUUGAGGAUGUUCUCGCUUCAACUUCACCAUCAACCACAACACCUGCUUCAACAAUCACCACAGCAACACCCCAAUUCGACAUCGUAACCCUCUUCGAAGUCCUCGAACACAUCGACCCGAAAACCUCCAGCCCACUUACAUUCCUAACAAACUGCCUGCGCGCCCUCAAGCCCGGCGGCUGGCUAAUCGGCUCGACAAUCUCGCGCACAUUGCCCUCAUUCAUUCUGAACCAGGUUAUCGCCGAAGCGCCGUGGCCGAUCGGUGUUGUGCCGCGUGGGACACAUGAGUGGAGUAAGUUUGUCAACCCGCCUGAGGUGAAGGGGUGGUUGCAGGAAGGUCUUAUGAGGGCUGCUGAUACGGGUGUUUCGAGGGGCGGGGCGAGCGUUGCGGAAGAUAUGAGUUGGAAGUGUGUUGGUGCGAUUUAUGUUCCUGGGCUUGGGUGGAAGAUGGUUCCUGGGAGUGAGGACUGGGGGAAUUAUUUCUGGGCUGUUAGGAAGGGGUUUUAG